GCAUCGACUUCCUCCGCUUCAUCCCUACUAGCUGCUCAGAGGCACGUCGCGUCUUCAUCUCGCUCGUUCACCACCUCGUUGACCGCAAUGACUAGGGUCAAGCUCGCCUCGUCCAAGGACCUCCCCAAGCCCGGCCAAAAGAAGGCCUUUACCGCCUUUGGCUCUGGCGAUGAUGCCCUUCAGAUCUUGCUGAGCAACUUCAAGGGCAAGAUCCAUGCCACGUCCGCCAAGUGCACUCACUACGGCGCGCCUCUGGAGAACGGUGUGCUCACCGGUGACGGCUGCCUCAUCUGCCCAUGGCACGGAGCGCGUUUCCAGGCCGCAACGGGCGACCUCGAGGACUCGCCUGCAUUGGACAACCUCCUCUCCUUCCCCACUGAGAUCGACGAGAAUGGUGACGUGUACGUUGAGGCUGAGGAGGAGCAGCUCAAGGGCAAGCCUGGUAGGCCGGUAGAGUGCAAGGGCCAAGUCAAGCAGGAGGGCAAGGGGCUCGUCAUCAUCGGCGGCGGGUCUGCAGCCAUCAACGCCGUCGAGUCGGCACGCAAGGAGGGCUACCUGGGCAAGAUCACCCUCAUCUCGUCUGAGAAGGACGCCCCGCUCGACCGCACCAAGCUCUCCAAGGGUCUCGUCGGCGACGCCAACGCCCUCAUUUGGCGCUCCGCUGCUCAUCUCAAGAACGUCCUCAAAGUCGACCUCAGGACGGGCACCGAAGUCACGGGCCUCUCGCUCAAGGAGAACAAGGUACAGACCUCAUCCGGCGACAGCAUCGAGUACGACAAUCUUCUUCUCGCCACAGGUUCCAUCGCCAAGCGCUUGCCCCUUCCCGGCGCAAAGGAGGGAGAGCUCAAGGGCGUCCAUGUCAUCCGUGAAGUCGGCGAUGUAGCUGAGGCCCUCGCCUCGCUCGGGGACAAAGGCGACAAGGAUGCCGUGGUUAUCGGCUCGUCUUUCAUCGGCUUUGAGAUUUCCAUCGCCAUGGCUGGCCAGAAAAAGGCCAAGAGCGUCACCGUCGUCGGAAUGGACAAGGUGCCCCUCGCGAAGAUUCUGGGCGAGGAGGUCGGGUUGGGCCUGCAGCAGGCGCAGUCGAAGAACAAUGGCAUUCAGUUCUAUCAGGAGGCUAGCGUCGAGGGUAUCGAGGGCAAGGACGGCACACCAACCGCUGUCAAGAUCAAGGAUAACAAUGGCAAGGCGGUAUCCAUCAAGGCGGACGUGGUCAUCCUGGGCGUUGGUGCUCGCCCAGCCACCGACUUCCUGAGCAAGAGCGCUCAAGGCUUCCCGCAGCUACAGAAAGACGGCUCAAUCGAAGUCGACUCUACGCUCAAGGUCGUCGGUUUGCCCUCUGGCGUGGACAACGUGUACGCUGCGGGCGAUAUCGCGUCUUGGCCUGCCUUUGACGGCAAGUCGGGACUCAACCGUAUUGAGCACUGGAACGUUGCUGGUAAUCAAGGGCGUGCAGUAGGAGCCACAGUCGCCCGUCUCUCUGGCAGCGGCAAGAACAAUUCUCCUCAACCCUACACUCGCCCACCAGUCUUCUGGUCCGCCCUUGGUGGACAGCUACGCUACGUCUCAGAUGGCAACCCCGCCCCUCCUGAGCUCGACCUCACCUACCUGGACGGCAACCCGUCCGAGGGCAAGUUCCUCGCCUUCUACGGGCGCAAGGAUGGCAGCGUGGCGGCCGUAUCCAGCAUGGGUCGCGACCCAGUCGUAGCGCAUUGCAUUGAGCUGUAUGCGAAUGGGAAGAUGCUGAGCUUCGAGGAUGUUAAGAGCGGCAAGGACCCGUUGAGCAUUAGCUUGGGUGCGGACAAGUAGGAAUUCGCCGCGGCGAUGACCAACUCGUCGCGACUCUAAGCGGGUGUGCACACACCCAAUCACAGCAU